AUGGGUGAUGGAUCCCAGUUUUGUAACAAAGCCACAAUUGACAAAUUUAGUGGGCAACUUAUUACAGGAGUUGGCCAGCCCAAGGAGAACAUUGGUCAACUUAAAACGUUGGAAACAAAAGUUGCUACCAGUAUGAGAAAUCUUUACAACAGUGCUCAUUCUGAGUCAAAAAGCCAGGACAAACCCCAACACACUAAUAAAGACCUGCUCAAGUCAAAUAUGGUUAGUGAACUAAGUAGAAGACAUUUAUUUGAUGAUUAUGUUCAUGAAUUACCUAGCCAGGCCAUGAAGGCUGGAAGCCUGGACCUGGACCAACGACUGAUAAACAUCUCUGGUAUUGGCCAGUUUGGGGAUUUCAGUGGUCAUAACCAGUCUUUGACCUUUAAAGAUGGCAGCAGCCAAAGCUGGCUAUAUCAAGCCAUGUUGGACCCUCAUCUACCCACCGUGGGCCACAGAAGCUUUAAUGAAAUUGGAAGAAGUCAAUUGAGAGAUGUCGGUGGUCAUUCUUUUAUUAGAAGUCAUAGUCAGCCUCCUAUGGUAAAAGAGAGUACUGGUGGCCAAAAUCCUGCCAGCCAUGUCCAACCCCAGUUUGUGGGUGAAGGGGAACAUGUGCAAGAGAUCAGCAACUUUAUGACUCAUAUGGCCCGCUCACAGGCAACAUCGACCAUUCCUCAUUUAAACCCCAUAUAUAAGGAUCACAUCGUUGCUCCAAACCAGGAGAUGAGAAUCCAUCCUGAUCAUAGAGCACAAUCGUCCAGGAGUUUCCAGCCGAGUCAAAGGAUGACCGAUCCAGAGGAGAGUUUCUACCCUAUGCAAAUGGAGGAGCUGAGUCACAGUUUUAGCAGUCAUCAUGGCUUUUUCCCUCUGGAGCCCCUUCAAGACAGAACAAUGUCUGGAACUGUGUCUACAACUCUCCCCCACACUUCCCCGGAGCACCCCUUUCAGGAGGAGCCUCCCUCAAAUGUUGCGGAGUUGCCCCCAAACAGGAAACCGGACGAGGAGCGAGCCACCCCCAAUCCCCUUCUGCAAUAUUACAUCCGCAUGCUGUUAGAACGCACUCCAGGGGAUCCCCUUAAUGAUUUGGAGGAGGCAUCCCGUAUGAACCCGGAUGUGACUGAGCUACGUCAGUAUCUGCAGAAGAAAGGAAACCAACCAGCUCAAAGGUCGGAGGAGAAGGAACCCAGUGUCCCUAAACCUCAGACGAAUGUCAGGAAACAAGCCGAGAGCAAAGCAUCCGGGGCAGUUAAGAAGGAGAUAUUGCCUAAUCCACGCCGACAGAAUGUUACAAAACCAUUGAAGAGGCUGGCAGCCCCCGGAGGACGUGGUGGGAUCUGGAAAUAA